CUACUAUUUUUUCCCCAAAAAAUUGAGACCAAUCUGACCAAUCCGCUAAAUUUGCCUCAUUUCACUUUGCGUUACCGGUGGAUUAUUAAGGAAACUGGCGACGUGAUAGAAGUUUAUUUCUUGGCCGGAUUCUAGUAUUACGGUACAUGCUACUGUAAGGACUUGGCACGACAAAGGACAAUCCGAAAAUGCAGCAGCCAUCAGUAAUGGAAGAGGGACCGGCCUAUGAGCCUCCAACUUAUGACGAGACUUUCCCUGAACUCCCGGAAUCAACAGGAUCAACAACAAGCAGCCCAAAACCCCCGCCACAAGGCAACAAUCGAAUGCGUGUCGAGUGUUCAGUUGUUACUCACGUUUUUCGUGUGCCAAUCGAGGAGAGAAAAUUUGAUCAUAGCGAUAAAUUUGGAGAAGGUGAAUCCGUUCGCACUUGCCAAUUAAUCACCAAGGAAUCGGGUGCUCAUAUUGAAAUUGCAUCGUCCAAGGAUCAGUCAUUAACUUUUUUAGUGACUGGCAAACAAUCUCAGGUCCAAGAAGCGAGACGUCGAAUUUUGACCAAUUUCCAAACUCAGUCAACGAAGCAAAUUAAUAUUCCAAAAGAGCAUCAUCGAUGGAUUCUUGGUAAACAGAGACAGAGACUAAAGGACUUGGAAAAAGUAACGUCGACAAAAAUUACUGUUCCUGCAUAUCAAGAUCAAUCGGACGUUGUCACGAUUACGGGAACAAAAGAGGGAAUUGAAAAAGCCGAACAUGAUAUUCGUGUUAUUUCCGAUGAGCAGUCAAGGAAAGCAUUUGUUAGAGUAUCAGUGCCAAAAAUGUAUCAUCCCUUUGUUGUGGGUGCUCACAAUGAAAAUUUAACGAAGCUCAUCGCGGAAACUGGAGCUCUCAUCAAUGUUCCACCGCCGUCGGUUCAAAAAGAUGAAAUCACAAUUGCAGGCGAAACCGAAGGUGUUGCACUUGCCAGAGAGAGAAUUGAGGCAAUUUUUGCUGAUAUGGAGAAACGAUGCGCAUCAGUUUCCGUUGAAGUUCCCAAAUCUCAACAUAAAUAUGUACUUGGUCCCAAGGGAAGUACCAUUAAUGAAAUUCUUCAAUUAACUGGAGUUAGUGUUGAAAUACCUGCGGCCGAUUCCUCAGUGGGAACAAUUACUCUUCGUGGCCCUCAGGAUAAACUUGGAGUUGCAUUGAGUAAAGUCUAUGAGAAAGCAAAUAGUAUGUGUAAUGAUGCUGUUGAUGCACCGGCAUGGAUACAUAAAUAUAUUAUUGGACCUAAAGGAGCAAAUAUCAAAAAAAUAACUCAGGACAUGGGUAAAGUGAAUGUUGAAUUUAACGAUAAAGAAAGUCGUAUUAAAAUUGAAGGCCCACCAGAGGAGGUUGAAAGAGUUAAAAAAACAAUUCAUUCAAUGGUUGAAGAUUUUGUUGCCAAAUUAACAUUCAGGGAACUCAAUAUACAUCCAAAAUAUUAUAAGCAUAUCAUUGGCAAAAAUGGUGCAAAUGUAAAUCGUUUGAAGACUGAAAUGGGAGUUGUUAUUACAAUUUCCGAGAAUGCCGGUGUCAAUUUGAUACGAAUUGAGGGCAAUCAUAAUGGAGUUCAAGAGGCCGAGAAGGAAUUAUUGGAAAUGGUGGACAAAUUGGAGAAUGAAGUUGAAAAAGAUGUUGCAAUUGAGCCGCGUUUCUAUCGUAAAAUAAUUGGCUCUAAAGGUGAUAAUAUUAAGGAAAUACGAGAUAAAUUCAAUCAAGUGCAAAUCAUCAUUCCUGGACAAGGAGAUAAGGCCGGCGCUGUGAAAAUUCGCGGCCCAAAACAAGACGUUGACAAAUGUCAAAAAUAUUUAAUGAAACUUGUUAAGGAAAUGCGUGAAAAUAGUUAUGUUCUUGAGGUGCCAAUUUUUAAGCAAUUUCAUAAAUUUAUCAUUGGCAAAGGUGGCGUCAACAUUCGUAAGAUUCGCGAAGAGACACAGACGAAAAUUGAUUUACCAGCGGAAGGUGAGAAAAGUGAUGUAAUUACAAUUACCGGUAAAAAGGAAAAUGUCGAAGAGGCUAGGGAUAAAAUUCAAAAAAUUCAGAACGAAAUGACUGCAACAGUUACCGAUGAAAUAUCAAUUCCGCCGAAAUUUUAUAAUACGCUUAUUGGAACAGGUGGCAAAUUAAUUCAAUCGAUAAUGGAAGACUGCGGAGGUGUUACUAUUAAAUUCCCAUCUUCGGAUAGUAAAAGUGAUAAGGUAAGCAUUAGAGGACCAAAAGAGGAUGUCGAGAAAGCAAAACAACAACUUUUAGAGUUGACAAAUGAAAAAUUGCUCUCGAGUUAUACUGUAGAAAUACAUGCCAAGGCUCAACACCAUAAAUUUAUUAUAGGAAAAAACGGUGCUAAUAUCAAAAGGAUUCGAGAAUCCACAGGAGUUCGAAUUAUCUUCCCGACUGAUAAAGAUGAAGAUAAAGAAAUGAUUACAAUUAUGGGUAAAAAAGAAGCUGUCGAAAAGGCAAAAGCUGAAUUGGAGGCCUGCAUCAGUGAAAUAGACAAUAUAAUUGAGGGCGAAAUUCUCAUUGAUUUGAAACAUCAUCGACAUUUUGUUGCAAGGAGAGGUGGAGUAUUGCAUAAAAUUGCCGAUGAAUUUGGUGGUGUGCAAAUUUCAUUUCCACGACCCGGUGUCGAGAGUAAUCGCGUCACUCUUAAAGGCUCUCACGAGUGUAUUGAAGCAGCGAAACAACGCAUGCGAGAAAUCGUUGAAAAUCUGGAAUCAAUGAUCACAAUUGAAUGCAUUAUUCCGAGAAAAUAUCAUCGAACUGUAAUGGGUGCCAAAGGUUGCAAAAUACAAAGCGUCACAGCUGAAUAUGAUGUGCAAAUUAAAAUUCCCGAUCGUGAUACAUAUGUAGAUGAUAAACCAGUGGAACAAGUUAAUGGAGAGAAUGGCGAUGAAGCACCAGUUGUUUCACCAGGCGAUAUUAUUCGAAUUACUGGUUUGCCGGAAAAUGCUGCAAAUGCAAAACAAGCUCUUCUUGAUCUCGUGCCAACAAUAAUUGAAGUUGAGGUUCCAUUCGAUUUUCAUCGUUCAAUUAUUGGACAAAAAGGAAAGGACGUUCGAGAAUUGAUGGAAACUUACGAUGUUCACAUUAAACUUUCACCGGCCGAGGAGAGACUCGACUAUAUCGAGAUUUGUGGCACUCCAGCUAAUGUUGAGAGUGCGAAACAGGCGAUUUUGGAAAAAUGUGAAAUUCUCAAAGCCGAGAAAGAGGAUAAAAUAUUGAAAUCAUUUGAAUUAAAGAUUGAAGUCGAUCCCGAGUAUCAUCCAAAAAUAAUUGGUCGAAAGGGAGCGGUAAUAACAAAAAUUCGCACCGAUCACGAUGUGCAAAUUAAUUUCCGUCGUAAAGGCGAAACUGAUGAGAGAAUUAUUACCAUCACUGGAUACGAGGCAAACACUUACGACGCUCGAGAUGAUAUUCUCAAGAUUGUCAAUGAAUUAGAUGGAUUAAUGAAGGAAGAAAUUCGCAUAAGUUCGGCAGUACACUCGAGACUGAUAGGAUCAAAGGGACGUAAUAUAAGGAAAAUAAUGGAUGACUAUAAAGUUGACAUUAAAAUUCCACGUAAAACUGAUCCCGAUCCAGAAAUGGUCACUAUUAUUGGUAAUGAAGAUAAUGUUCUCGAUGCCAAGGAUUAUCUUCUUAAAUUGGAGGAGGAAUAUAUGCAAGAGGUAUCACACACCUAUGAAUACACCAAUAGUCUAAGAACACCACAACGUGACGAAGGUAGUGGCAGUGAAAAUGAUUCAGGAUUUAUUGUAAAAGGCGGUCCAUGGGAACAACAACAGCAAAGUGCUCCAAAUACCGCAAGUGUCGAAGAAUUUCCCCAAUUUGGUGGUUUCACUCAUGUUCCUGCCACUGUUCCCGAUGGUGCCUGGGGAAAACGUUAAAAAAAAAUGCAAAAAAGUAAAAUAAUCGAGAGACAAAAGAAAAGAAUUUUUGUUUUCUUCUCCAUGAAAAAAAAAAGAAAUUUCACAAAAAAUAUAUGAAAAAAAAAUGAAAAAAAGAAACUUUCCUCUAACAAGAACAAAGAAAAAAUGAAAAAGAAUAAGAAAUGAUCAAUUUUUUAAUAUAAAUAUAUAAAAAUAUGGGUAAUCGCACUUUUGCUGCUAAUAAAAGUGAUUUCCCUUUUCCCUCCUCCAUUACUGAAAGCUGCUGCAAUACGACUUGGCCAAUUCUCUCGGACUUUGACAAUGGUUUUGCUACACAGAGUUAAGAAGAAAAAGAAGAAGAAGAAGAAGUAAAAAAAAAAAUGAAGAUGACGAAGACGACGACGACGAUGUUUAUAUUUACAGUUUACAUCACGUACCCCAAUAUCUGGAUCUAAAACAAAAAUAAUAGUCUUAGAUUCAGAUAUAUGUGUUGUACUUAAAAAAGACUGUGGCUUCAUUAUUAUAGGGUAUAUAUUUAAUUACGCGCUCUAAAUUUGAAAUUAUGAGUCGCAAACAAAGCUGAACUUUUUAUCUAUAUAUUAUUUUUAUUAUUAAUACAAUAAUAAUAUAAUUAGCCCGGCAUAAUAUUCACCUUUUUUUUUACAUAUAUUAUAUAUAUAUAUAUCUCUCUCUUUUUUUGUCUAUGUCACUUUUUUUUUGCCUUUUGCUUUCUCGUUUCAAUGUUUUUUUUUUUGUUUUGUUAAUUUAUUUAUAUUUUUGUACAUAAAUUGCAUUUUUUUUCCUUUUAUUGUUGUUGAAUAAUUGAGCGACCCGGUGUUGUUCAUAAAUGAUAAAUCUUCAAAAGGAGAGGGAAAAAGAAAAACUUUUUUUUUUUAAUCUCCGUUUUCUUUUUUUUGAGGGGAGAAUAUUUUUUUUCAAAAAAAAAAAAAAACAAUCAAUUGACUUUCAAAGUCGUGUUUUUCGGAUUUUUUUUGUUUGUCCUUUUAUUAUAAAAUUUUACAAUUGUUUCUUGGACACUUUUUAAAAAAUUAAAAAAAAAUUGUAAAUUUUGUUUUGAAAUUUUUUUUCUUUUUACUAUUGUGAAUAAAAUUGAGUUACAAAAAUGUUUCUCGAAAAAAAAAAAUGAUUUUGUGUUUUUUUUGGUAAAAUUUUUUUUUAAGUUUGAGAAUAUUUAGAGAAAAUAAACUCUCCUUUUUGCGAAAUAAUAUAAUUUUAAGCAAUUUUUUUUCUCGUUUAAAAAUUAAAAAAAAACUCCCCUUCACCUACCACCAACAUCACUUUAUUUAUAUAAAAAUUUUCCGAGGCCAACUAGAUAAGAUUGAAAAAUGAUGAUGAGAAAAAGAAAAAGAAAACUUAUUCGGUUCAAGUGCCUUGUCUAUUUUCUUCAAGACAGCUCAUUUUCAAUUGUUGGAGGAAUGCGAAUAUUAGAAUUAUUUGUAUGAUACUGAUGAUGAUAAUGAUGAUAAUAAUAUUAUCGAAAAUAAUAAUUAAUUGUGUUUGAAUUUAAAAAAAAAAAAAAAAUGGUAGAGACUGCUAAUUUGUUGCUGAAAAAAAAUGUCGCCAUAAAAAGUAAAGGAACAAAUGUAAAAUCAACUGGUUAUGUUAUAAAAAAAAAAAAAAAUUAUGGAAAUGAUGAGUGAGAGAAAAAAGUUAAAGGAGUGAAAGAAUUUAAAAAAAAAAAAAUAUUGUCGGAAUGACUGAAAAAAAGUGAGAAUGAGUCCGAAAAAUGUUUUUUGUCAUCGGAUACAUAUAUAAAUAUAGAGAAAAAAAAAUCCACUUAUAUUUUUUAGAUUACCAGCAAUUUUUUAUAAAAUCUAGUUGGUGGUGACGAUAUUAUAUACGUCUAAUCCAAUCGCUUGUUUUUAUUUUUUUGGCUUUAGAAUUUUUUUUUUUUU